AUGUUAGUAGAGAGACGGGGGUUGCACACGGGGGUGUCUUUCAUUGACAUCAUGUCACGCAUACGCACGCAUGCACAACGGCGGCGGAGGUGUGCCGUGGCUGUGCUGGAAGACGAUCACAAGACUGUGCGCACACAUGUACAAGCAAGCCAGCGACAGAAGGGAAAGCGGAUAGAGUCGACUAUACAGACUCUCAAGGAUAUGCCACUCAAGAAGCAAGCAGCUGCGCCGGAAAAGGUAGAUAAGCGGACAUAUACAGAGGCUCCACAGACGAAAACAGUCAUUAUGGCAGAAGGAAGGGAUAGGGAAGUGGGUGUUAUGAAUGAGGGUAAAGGUGGCAGUAGCGGGAGACCUGUCCGCACAGAUGGACAGUUAAUUCGCACAGAUAGUACAACAAGCAACACGAUAGUGAUAGAGGCGGGCUGGGAAGAAGUGAGCCUGGAUCCAACACUCAGUCAGUUAAAUCUGAGAUAUUCUCGAAGCAGACCACGCACACCACCACUUAGGCAGUAUAUAAGACUCAACGAUAUUGGUGAAGCGCUUCGCAGUGCCAAAAAAGACGCAAUUGCAGACAGUGCGGCACUCCCGCCCGGACAAGGGGGUGUAUCCAAUACAUAUAAGGGAUCGAGUAUGCGAUACAAUACCGCUUGCACCUACGGCUCAGGACAAAGUACUGACAAUGGUAGAAGCAGUCGUAAGGUUGAAUUGCAGUAUGAAGCGCAAGGCCGUCUGCCCCCGAACUCACACACACUGGAAUUACACUCACAGACGCACACAGGUACACAUAAACCCAAGAGCAUCGAGAUAAGCACGAGUGGGAUGGAAGGUGAGCAACCAAGACGUUGGCGGUCAGGGCCACGAGCCCAAUCACAAGGGAAACCUCAGAUUAUCACGUCGCCAUCUUUACGUACGUAUGGCGAGGUCAAGGUAGAGGGACAUGUGCCAGGUCGUUUGAGUCCGACGAGCACUCGCGCGAGUGCGUUGCCCGACAGACACAUACAAGUCACAUCGAAGGAACAGCCACAUCCAGUAGUAAAUCAGCCAAAGCCACAUGAUGGUUGUCAGUUAGUAUCUAGGCAACAAACACAGUUGAAAGAACAGUCCAACAGACAAUCAACACCAGGGACAUGGACACAGUUCAACAAAGCAACACCCACACAAUUUAAACAGCCGACGAGUAGGCAAACAGACACGCCACCAAAGUUAUCCAGAAAAGAGAGGUUACGACUAAGAGGCAUACAGAGAACACAACAAUAUACGGAAAAGCUCGAGAGGGAGAGGUUGGCAGAAUGUGCAUUGUUGGGAGUAAGUAGGAAUGCUACGGCAACUCAUAGGAUACAUGAGAUGAAGCCCAAUGCGAGCACAGAAUUAAGUGUUCGGAAUGAGUGUGCGAGCAACCUCAGUGGUGUGGGAGGACAAGGAGGGCCUGGCGGUGAACUCAACCAAUUUGUCAGAUCGAAGGAGCUUACAGUAACAAGUUUGGCGCCAAUCCUCAAUACGCCCACGAAUAAGGAUAGUAUAAGGAAGUUUGUAAGAGAAACACAUAGCUCUUUGCACAGUAUAAGUAUAGACAUGUCGCCCGAAGCGAUCAUACAGACAGGGGUGCAGACACAGUAUACAUUUACACCCCAAACAAAGCCUCAACAGACACUCAAACCACUUACGCAGACAGAAGUAGAGGCAAUUUUUCAGGUCAAACACCAACCAAAUAUAUCGGCAAAAGUAGAAGCCUUUGGUGAAGAUAGUUCACCGAUACGACCACAGACGAGGUCACACGUCCAACCACAACUGACGCUACAGACAUCUACAAAGACAAGUGUACAAGCGCAAACUCCGACGCUAUCACAACACCGGCUAUCAGCACCAUCUUACAAGCCCACGCAAAAUGCUGUCAACACAUGUGAAGUGCAGAAAAUGACAGGGACCGAUGCGAGGAGAAGUAUUGGUGAAGAGGUGCAGAAAGUUCUGAACGCGGAGUCGCGGAGAAAAAGCAGGACGGAGUCGCAAGCAAAGCUUCGAGCAGAACCAAACGAUGGUACAGCACAGACUAAAGCACAGUUUGGACAACAGACGAAUAUAAGACAGCAAGCGCUGUAUUCAAAGGAGGGCAUGCACCACGUGCGACCGGGACAAGGGCUGAGCAAGAACGUUGGAGGUGAGGUGGGAUUUGAUACAGUUAUUAGUGCGCCGGAGACAAUAGGGGCGACCAGAGUAUCUGUGAGGACACCUGAGAGCGCCAAGCCAAAACCGGACAACCCGCAUCAAAACAGACGGGAGACGCUGGUCACAGAGUGUUCGGGAAAUAACGGCGGUGUCAUCACUGUGCGGCAGAGUAAACUCACAGCAGACCUCCAGCGCGCACAAGAGAGCUUGCCCAUACACACUGGGCAACAGCAAUCUGUGGCACACAGGGUCAGGUUAAACGUACAUCAGCCUACUCAUACAAACGCAGCCACUCACUUGCAGAAGCACAAGCAAAUUCGUGUACCGAGCAAGAAAGAUAAUACCGUGAACGAGGAGGAUCUUGAAAUACAAAAGUGGAAGGAGGUCUUCAACCUAGUGACUCAUCCCAAAACCAGGCACCCACAGCACAUUUACGAUUUAUUGCCCUUGGUUGACGGAAUUCUGGACACACGCGGCGAUCCUGUGGCAGCACAUACACGCCCUCUGCGGAUUAUACAGCCUCCCAUAGAAGGCACACACGCGAUAAUGGCUUGUGGAUGGCGUUUGGCGCAGAUGGCAGAAAGUGGCUUGGAUCCUGGAUACAAGAGCCGAGAAUUUUCUAGGAUACGCGAUAUUUUGAUGAGCCAUCAUGUGCGUCUCGAGAGUGUUCCGGGUAUCAAGUAUGCAGGGGAAGCGUCGUUGCUAUGGCGACGCGCGAUUGAGCGGUAUCCCCGCGGGCCGUAUUCGAUCAACUUGGUUGAGUCGAUGGUAAAGAGGCUGACGUCCAAGGUGAAGGUUGGUGUAGGUUUGUUGGUGGACGUAGACGCACAGUAUGGGAAGCAAGCGCUAAGCUUGCAACAGUGGCAGGUUCCUGCGAGUACGCACACAGCCAGUCAUUUGGGGCAUCUGGUCGAUACGAUUGCGACUCUACCGCGCCUGUUGCAUUUGGGACGGGGUGCUAUGGAUGCAGUAUUUGUGUAUGCCAGACCGCGUCUGCCUGACUUGGAUAACCAAGGACUGGUGACAGUUGCACACGCAUGUGCGUCUUCUCUCGAUGUACUACAGACACACCUCGAUCCGGGGACGCUGGGUGUACGAGCUCAGUUUAUGGGCGACAUAUUAAAGUGUGCCACCGCGAAUGUUGGCACAUUCACGGAUAAGCAGUUACAUGCGAUGAUGAGUGCGACUGCGUGUAUGGCUGAACCUUUGUUGGUGCAGCUCAAGAGUGCACAGCUUCGCACUCAGUCAACGGGUGAUAGAAAUACUAGACUCCCACGGAACAUGCCGGUGGGCUAUGCUCCGAAGGUUGCAAAGCAUGAUGUGGAUAUGCGCGGGUUGUAUUCCGUGUUCAGCUUAUGGUGUACUGUGGCACAAAAACAACUGGCUGAUAAAGGCCAUUUGAUGUUGAAUGAUUACAAAAAAGACAGCACACGUACCAUGGAGUUGCUGGAAGAAUAUAUGGCGACCGUUUCCUUGUCGAUGAGAGUACAACGGACCGUCCACGAGGCUGAGCUGGGUAGCAGUGUUGAGCAACGCGGCUCUAUUGGAAGUCGGGAUAGCACACAGGAGAGCACUCAAGCACGAGCAAUGCUGAUGCAUGUCGUGCACAAGUUGAGCGCACGAUCGAUGGCAGAGAGUGACAGCUAUCUGCUCGCGUCAAUUGCGGAGGUGUACCGGUUUCAAGAUAAAAUUCUUACCGGGAUGUCCGACGAAGAUUGCAGGCACUUUAGGUUUGUUGCUGGGUUCACGAAGCGGGAUGAAAGCGUGCUAUCUAUGAUUGUGCACAAGCUGUACUCACAGCCUGGGACAUGGUGGGAGGAGAUGUCAGUGCUGCGAAAGGUCAAAGAUACGCCCAAGCGGUUACUACGGCAUCGCAAACAAUUGUUUGGAACACCGUAUGAUGCGAAACGCACGCCUGUGCUACCGCUCGGGGUUGGUGAGCGACUGUCAAAAGUAUUUGAGAGUACAGAUAACCAUGCGACAGUAUCGUUAUUAGAGAAUACUGCCACCCGAGAAAGAGUAUCGAGCGUAGCUAUUUACGAGAGUGAGGGGGAUGCAGAAGACAUGGUACAGGAUAAAGACGGAGAGGAAUCGGAGCGGCUGACAUACACCAGGGCGUAUCACAACUACCGCAGAAAAGUUCAACAGACAUUCGCAAGUCCACACGCAUCCCUACCGCUUUCACAGUAUUCUGCAGAGCAGCGCGACUAUCUGAAACUGCGUCUGGAUAGAACGGAGUUAUAUGCGGGAGAUGGCACGCGCCUGUUAUCUUCGCCCCACCCGAACGAUCUGCGCACGAUUAUAUCUGUUUUAGGAGACGCAGCACACGAGCUUCCUUUCAAUUCUGCGCAUGUUGAUGACGUAUUUACGGGUUUAUCGCACAUGGCCGCCUACCGCAUGCCGGAUUUCUCGCCCACACAAGUGGUCGAUGUGAUGGAAGCCUUCACCAAGCUGUGCGUGAAUCGAUGGCAGAAACACUCGGACAUGUGUGCGCGUGUGGAACCUUUUUUCAUCACCGCUAUAGCUCACAUAUGCGCCAUGCCAAAUCACUAUACGGGCCAGAAUCUGCACAAACUUUUGGCCGCAUGUACACAUCUGGGUAUAGCCAACGAGGAUCUGUACGGGCGUCUGGCUCAAAGUAUACUUGCAUCCCGUAACAGUCUAUCCGGUGAGGAUAUGACUAAUGUGGUCGUCAGCUAUGCGAAUGCGGGCUUCCCCAUGGGCGAGCAACCGUUGAAGUGUGCUAUCAAUUUGCUUGAGAGGAAUCUCCGUAACUUGUCUGGCGAGAGUCUGUUCCGUGUGGCACUGGCGAUGACUAUGUUCAGCGAACACGCGAACAGGCGUAUGGCUUUGCUGCGUGCAAUUGCGUCACGCUUUGCGGCUGCACACACAGAGGACAAAAGCAGAUCUGACCCAGCUAUAGAACCUGGAGAUCUGAAUGCAGAUGCACGCAGGAUAUCGUCCCGAUUGCAUCCAAGCACACAAAUUAUUCUCGCAAGUAUACGCCUCGGUGAUGGUACGAGCCACGAGGAGGCUAGUAAGAACCAUGCUGAGCGCGAGAUCGGCUCGCUGCAUACAGUACAGCCCGCGUCCAAACUGGUAUCGUUGGUGGAAUUGAUGGUGGCAGAAGGGGUCACUACAGAGAGGUUUUAUAAGGCCAUAGACGCAUGUGUGGCCUCGCGUUUGCACGAGUUUGAACCUGACGAAGUGCAGAGAAUCGUAUACGCAGCCAGCGAUGCAGGGGUCAGCACACCUGGGAUUAUUCACGCCAUGGAGGUGGAGGCAGGCAAUUUUUAGUCGUGGGUUCGGAAGUAUUAUGAUAUUAGUUUUAUCUGCAUCGGUAUGCUGAAGAAUCGGCGUGUUUGCGACAUUCUGCUGCUUCAGUAUUGAAUGCGAUCUCUAUCAUGCUUAUCAAGCGUGUCGAUGACAUCAAUAUCAGUCAAUAGCGCCAAGUUGGGGUUGUAAUAUGACACUGUACCUGUAACGUCCAGUGUAUCCAAGUUCUUAGAUUAGUGGGAGAAUGAUAUUCUAUGCACCGGCAGUACAUGGGAUUGGCGGCUGGAAGGCGGUGUAGAGUUCUCCAAGACGGUCACAUAAACCGUUCCAAGACGGUCACAUAGACUAUAUCUAACCCUAAGUCGUUACAGAACGAGAAAAAACUGUUCAUUUGUUACCACCAUCAAAUACAGUACCAUACAAUAACCGGUAUUGUUCAAAUUGGUUAAAGGUAGUAAAUAAAGCUAAUCAAAAUAGGAAAUAGGUAAUAGAUUAAGCUAAUACAAUAAGUAAUAGGUAGUAGGUCAAGAAACCUAAAACAAAGUCAAAAUGAAAUAUAUUAAAGGUAUUAUAUCGAAG